AUGUAUAAAGAAUAUAAUAAUGAUAAAGAUUAUAUAAAUAAUAAUGAUUGUUAUAGCCUAGACUCUAGUAGUAUAACUGAUAAUAGUAAUAUCUCAGAUUCUGAAAAAUAUAAAGAACUUUAUAAUGAGAAUUUGAAUAUUGAAGAUAUACUGAAUAAUCUGUCACAUUUAUCUUCUGGAAUUAGUAGUAAUAGCUCUUCUGAUUCAGAUAGUAAUUACUUAUUAACAAAUGAAAUAAAUAAAGUUGAGUUAAAAUCAGAAAAUUUACAUCAUAAGGAUGGAAUAAUAGAUAAAGAUGAAUUUGGAAAUAAUAAUGAUAGUGAGAAAUUGAAUAUACAAGAUAAUAUUGAUAUAUAUGAUUAUUAUAAAAAUUGUUUUCAAUAUAUAGAAGAUACUUCAAUAAAUGAACAUUAUAAUAUAUAUAAUAUUAUAGAUACAGAUAUAUAUAAGAAAUCAAUUUUAAAUGAAUGUUUAUGGAUUGAUCCAUAUUUACAUGAAGAAAGUGAAGAUAUACCAAUAAUAGUAGAUAAAAAUAAGAAUAAUGAUAUAACAAAUUUGAAUGAUAUUACAAGAGAUUUAAAUAUUCCACAACCAAUAAAUAGUAAUAGAAAUAUUUUUAAAGAAGAGAUAUAUAAUAUAAAUUGGAGGGAAGAAAUAUCAAAUUUAGGAUUUCCAACAUCUCUUAAACAACAUUCAACAGGUUUGAUGUUUAUAGGAACUUCAAGAUGUAAUUGUAUAAUUUUUUUACAAAAAUUUUCAUAUAAUUUGAUUGUAUUACAUCCUCCAAAUUUAUUAACAGCAAAAGUUUCCUCAUUAUCAUUGAAAUAUAAUAAUGAAGAUUUAUAUAUAUGUAUUGCUUGUAGUGACGGUAGUAUAAUAUUUUGGUAUUGUAAUAUUAUUUUAAUAAUGGAUAUAAUUGAGAAUUUACCUAAGAAUAAUUCUUCAAUUGAAUUGAUUAAUGAUAAGAUAUAUAAUAAACAUAAAUAUAAUAUUUUAGAUAUAGUACCUGGUAUGAUUGAUAUAAAGUAUAACAGACACUUUUCAUUUUUAUGUAUUUUACUUAAGCAUCAUAAAUCAAAUAUUAUAACCCAUAAAUUUUUAACAAAUGAAGAUAAAUCUGAAAUAAAAUUAACUAUAAUUUCUUGUGAUAUUGAUGGUAACAUAUAUUUGACUAGUAUAAUACCAAAUGAUAUGAAUAAUUUUAAUAAGAUUGAAUCUAAUAAUAUAGAAAUAUAUCCUUGGAAAAUAUUAAAAAAGUUAUUUUUGUAUAAAUCUAAUAUUGGAUUAAUACAUAGUAUUAAGGGUUUACCACCUGCACCACUUUUACGAAUAAAUAGAAAAUUGAAAGAUUUGGAUGAUAAGAAUAGUGAUUUAACUAAUUCAGGUGGAACAUUAACAAGACGUUUAGUACAAGAAAUAGAUAUGAAUCAAUUAUAUUUAAUAAAUGGAUAUAGAUCUUGUAUUAUUAUUAGUUUAUACCCUAAACCAGAUUUAUGUAAAGUAAUUAAUCCAUUAGAAGAUUUAGAUUCACUUGGUAUAUUAAUAGAAGAAGAUAAAUUUGGACCAAUUAAUGGUAAUUGGUUACGUCCAAUAACUUUAACAUCAACAAAAUAUAAAUAUAAUCAUUUAAGUUUAGUUAUUUCUGUUGGAUAUUAUAUAUGUUUAUAUAAUUUGUCAAUAGAUGGCAUUGAGAAUAAUACAAUAAAUAGUAAACUAACUAUAAAUGCCACAUUGUCUUGUACUUGGAAAUUAAAUGGUAUUAUAAAUUCAUUUAAAGUCAUUGCUGAUUGUAUAUUAUUUAUAUUAAUAUCAUCAAAAGGUAUAUUUUGUUAUCAGAUUAUGGAAUCACAAUUUAAUUAUUCCUCUAAGCUUAUAAAUAAUAAAUUAAUUUAUAUAGAAUCACAAGAGAAAAAAUAUUCUAUUAUUAAACCUGAAAAAUUUGUACAAAAUAAAUUGCUUAUAUGUAUAUAUUCAUAUUAUAAUAAAAGAGUUUUUUAUACUGUAACUCAAUCAAUUUCUAUAAAUGAUCAGGAAAUUGUAUCUUUAUAUAAUGAAUCAUUUUGUAAAUUUUUGGAUAAAAAUAAAAUAACAAAUUUUUCUUUGUUAUUGAAUGAUAAUAUUAUUUGUUUUAAGAUGCUGUUCCAAUCUUGGAUACCAAGAUUAGAAUAUGAAUAUUUUGAGUGUAUAAAACUUUUUAAUAAUGAGAAAUCAGAGGAACUAAAUAAUAUAUCUAAUAAAACAAAUAUUAAUAUUGAAAUUAAUAAAGAAAGAUCCUAUUGUGAUGUAAAUAUUAUUUAUUCAUGGACUAGAUUAUGUAGUACUUUUGUUGGUUUAUAUGAAGAUAGACUUGUACCAUUAUUAACUUGGAGUACUUUUCAAAAGCAUAUGAUUCAUAUAAUUCUUAAAAAUAUUUUAAAUUCAUUUAUAGAACAGAUCAUGAAUAUUUCUAUUAAAGAACCAAAUUUAACUAAUUAUUAUAUUAGUGAAGCUAUGAAAUUAAUUUUUGAUAUUUGUAUUAGGUUAAAUUUAUGGCAAUAUUUACUAUCUGAUAUAAUACCAGUUAUUGAAUCAUAUAAUGAUAAAAAUGAUAAAAUAAGUAAAAUAGAAAAUAAUUUUAGUAAUAAUGAAUUAUCUCUUUAUAAUAAAUAUAUGUUAUAUUUAGAGUUAAAUAUUUUAACUGGAAGUAUAGAGAUAAGUAAAAUAACCGACUAUAUUUUAAGCUUACUUCUUUCAUGGUAUAAAAAAAGAAUUGAUGUUUUAGAGGAAAAAAUUGCAUCUGAUAUAAGUUUAAAUAUUGAAAAAUUAAUAAUUAAUAAGAAAUAUAUACUACAAAAUAUUGAAUAUAUAAUGAUUAGAUCACUAUUAUACAAUAAAAAUACCCAAAUUUUGGAUAAAAUAAAUAAUGAAAUAAAAUAUACUGAUGAAAUUUUGAAAAUUCAGAAUGAAAAAGAUAUGGAUGUAAAUUAUGAUAUUAACAAUGGAAGUAAAUCUAAUGAUAAUAUUAACAUUAUAGAAAAUAAACAAUUAUGUUUAUCAAUGUCUAAUAUAAUAAAAGAAGAUUUCAUUACUCAUUCAUGGUCAGAAUUUAUCCCACUAAUACAAAAAUAUGGUCUUUGGAGUAGUUAUAAUAUACUAUUUUUAUGUAAUAAUAAUAAUCCUAAUGAAUUAUUUAAACAACUUAUUUCAAUUGCAUCUCAAUGGUUUAGAACUAUUGAAAAUAAUACAUUUAAUGUUAAUAUAAUAGAUUUUCAAUAUAAAAUGGAAUAUACAAUACUUAUUCAAGAAAUAUUUUUUUAUAUUUAUUGUAUAAUUCUGCAAAAACCAUACCCAAUAAAUAAAUGUAAAUUGAAGAAUUUUGAUAAAUAUGAUUUAUACAAAUUACAAUUAUUUUCUUUUACAUAUCAGGAUUCAGAAGAUUUAAUAAUAAAUACACUUCAAAAUCAAUAUCCAAUAUCUUUACAUGAUAAUAAACUUUCUAUACCAUGUAAUCCUACAUAUUUUGAUAUUAUCUUUAUAUUAUCAUCAAGAUUAACUGUCAAUAUUAUGGUUGAAUUAUUAAAUUAUAUGAAACUUAAUAAUCAGAAAUACUUAUUUACUUUGGAUCUCUUAGAUCACUAUAUUACAUAUUUUGCCAUUAGAUUAUUGAAUAAUUUACAUUAUCCAAAGGAUUCCAUAUUACUAGAUAAGUCAAUAUCUUGUUUUGAAGUAAGUAUUGAAAUAAUAAAAUAUAUUACAUCCAGAUCAAAUAAUCACAUUCAACAUAAUCAAUAUUAUUUUCUUGCAUAUUAUAUCUUAUGGAUCAUGAAAUAUAAUUCUAGGGAAAAUCAAGAUAUGUAUUCUAUUAAAGAUUUAUUUAAUUGUAUUCUUUUACUUAUAGAUAAAUUAAAUUGUGAAUUACCAACUUCAAAAUUAUCCUCCUUAUCAGAUAUAUCGUCAUCACCAUUAUUAUUACAAAAAGAUAAUUCAUUAACACACAUAUUAUCCAUUAAACCAAAUCGAGAAUCCUCCCCAAAUGUAAAUACUUCUAAAGAUUUUACUAAUAAUAUUAAUCUAAGUGUCCAAUAUUUGAAUGAUCAAAUAGAAUAUUCAUUCAUUCAAUAUAUAUCAUAUUUUAAAAAUGAUGAUAAUGCAUUAAAUAUAUUAAGAUGUAUCCUAGAUUGCUUUGAAAUAAAAGAAUUGGAUUAUCCUUCACUAAAUGAUCUUCAAAUAAGUAAACAAAUAUGUUCUAAACUUAAGGAAAAAUCUCUUUUUAAUUUAUGUCUAUAUAUAGCCCUACAAGUUUCUGACUUAGAAAAUAUACUGAAUAUAUAUUCUAUGAGAUUAUUGGAUAAUUUUAAGGCACCAAAUAUUGGUGCAUGUAAUGCAUGUAUUACCGGUAUCUAUUCUACAUUAAAUGAUGAUUUUUUUAAAUUUAGCCAUCUUGUAGAAACAAUAGAAAAUGGAAUUAAAAAAAAAAUAUUUACUUAUGAAGAUUCAUUUUAUUUAAUAAUUAACUAUACUAAUUUAUUGUAUGAAGCUGAUUCUGAAAGUACAAUACAAUUAAUAGUAUAUAUCUUAAGAAAAUGUUUACUACAGAAUUAUAUGGAUGAAAUAGAAGAUAUUGUAAGAAAAUAUAAUUCUUCUUUAAAGUCAUUAGAUCAUAUUUAUGAAAAAAUACUAACGAAUUUAUUAUUUGGAGAAUUAUGUGAAUCUAAAUUUGAACAUUCAUAUCUGACUGAUAAGAUUGAGCAAAAUAUAUAUAAAGAUAAUUCUAUAAGUUGGAUUUACUUUAUUAAUUUUAUUAUCCCUGAAUAUUUGAUAAUAAUUUUUGAAUCAUAUGAAAAUAAUAAUUCAACCUUUAAGGAGGUAGAAAUACUGAAAUUACUAAAUUAUUGGUAUGAAUGUGCAAUAAAAUUUGAUCAAUUACAAAACUUCCCAUUUCAAAAUUGUUAUUCAAUAUUUAAGAAAUACAAAAAUAUUUAUGGAUUAGUAUUUUGUUAUCAUAUAUCUUUAACUACUCCAACUUUAUGUAUAUGUGAUGAACUAACUAUAUCAAAUAUAAUUGAGAAUAAACUUAAAUCAGAUAUUAAGAUAUUAAAUAGUCAAAUUUCAAAUAAUAUAAAUGAUUUAUAUUUUAAUAUAUCUUAUAAUUAUGACAAAGGGAUUUUAAUUAUUAACUUCGAAGAUAAUAAUUCAAAUUUGAAAAUAUGGGAAAGUAUAACUGAAUUAUUAUUUUUCAUAUAUUUAUAUUGCUAUAAUCAUUAUAGUAUAUAUGAAGAUAAAUACAAGAAUCAAGUUAAAAAUAUGUGGAGUAGAUUUUAUUUAGGAAUUUUGAAAAUUUUAUUUAUCAAUAUAAAUAAUAUUAUAAAAAGAAAUGGGAAUACUUACUUUGUAGAAAUAUUGUGCUCUUUGUUAAAUUUAAAUAAUUCAGCAAAGUUAGGCAUAAGUAUUAAUAAUAAAUUACCAGUUAAACAUAUUAAAAAUAUAAAAGGUCAUAAUAUCUUCCCAUUUAUUAUUUAUCAUUUUGUAUUUAUUAUUUUUGGACAUUCUAAUUAUAUGAAAUUAUAUGAAGAUUAUUUUAUUAAAUUUCAGAAUUAUUGUAAUUUUAUAUUUCCAAAAAAAGAUAUUAAAAAACUAUUUGCAUCUAAUCCCAUUAGUCAUUAUGUAAAAUUUAUUCGACCUAUAUUAUUAUUACUAAUAAGUAAUAUGGAUAAUACUGAAUGUAUUUUUUGGAAAUCAUUAGUAUUUCAAAUGGCUAAUUCAGAAUUAUUUAUAAAUCAAUGUUAUACUGAUUUAUCAUCAUUAUUUCAUAAAGAUCUUUUACACAUAUUUGGCUUAUUUAUGGAUAAAAUGAGAUGUGCUGAGAUAUUGGAUAUUAGUUAUAAAAAUUACACAAAGUGUUCAUACUGUUUACAAAGUAUUUUAAUAAAAUCACAAAUAAAUAGUAAUGAUACUGAUUAUAAAAUAUCUUAUAAUGGUAAAAACACUUAUCAAUCUAUCAAUAUUUUAUCACCAGGUAUAAAUAAUGCAAAUGUUAGAGAUAUAUUAUCUCCUAAUUUUACUAAUUAUCAUCAACCCGAUUAUGAAUAUAAUGAAGAUGAACAAAUUUAUAUUUUUUUUUGUGGUGAUAUUUUCCAUAAACAUUGUUAUAACACAUAUUAUACUGAGAAGCACAGGAAUUCUUUCAAAAAUAGAAAUAGUAGAAGGAAUUCAAAUAACUUAAAAGAUGAGUGUAGCCAUGAAUUUUAUUUACCAUUAGUAUAA